CAAAUCAAAAUUGCUUACUUAUAAUUAGUUUAUUUAACUACGUUAUUCGAAUCUUAGCGUAAAUUUAAUAUUGAAACUGAUUUUGUGAAGCAUUUAAUGAUACAAUUGCAUAUUUUUACAGUGUUCAUUCUUAAUUAAUAUUCAUUUGAUUAGUUUAUCAUGUAAAUGAUGAGAACCAUUCGAUAAGUUUUUGGUUAAAAAAUGGAAUAUAAAAUUGGUCUAUUAACUGCAUUCCUAAAUAAAACUAAGUCGGAGGAUAUACAAUUCGAGGAAGAAAAUGUAAAGAAAAGGAAGAAAACAAAGAAGAAACGUCAUACAGAUGAAACAAAUCAGCAUAAGAGAAUAUUGGAAACAGAAAGUGAAGAUUUCAUACCAUUGGAGUUGCCUCCUGGAUUCAGAGAAAAAUAUAUAGUCAAAGAUGAGUCUGAACAUAUUGCACAAGAAAAAAUAGCCUACAACAAAAAGUCAAAUGAGAAACAAAAGAAAGAUCAAAAUAGCAAAAUAGAAAUUUUUAAUGUGAACAAUGAAUUGAUAGAAGAUGGAAAUAAAACACAUCUUAAGUCUAAAAAACAAAAGAAACAAUCUGUUCAUUUUCAGGAGGGAGAGGAAAAUUCAAGCAAUAUGCCAAAACAAAAGGAUAAAAACAGAAGAAAGAAAUAUCAGAAAACAUCUGAAGACUAUGAUAAAGACAAGAGGACAGUUUUUGUUGGCAAUCUUCCUGUAACAUUUAACAAAGAGGAAAUAAAAAAUAUCUUCAAGUCUUUCGGUGUCGUAGAAAGCAUUAGGAUACGCAGUGCAGCACCAAUUAAACCCACUUUACCUAAAAAAGUUGCAGUUAUAAAAAACUUAUAUCAUCCCGACAUCACAAGUUAUAAUGCUUACAUUGUUUUUAAAACAGAACACAUGGCUAUGGAUUCAUUAAAAUUAAAUGGAACUAAAAUUCAAGAUAAUCAUAUAAGAGUAGAUAGAGUUAACAAUAAUCAACAACAUGACUAUAGAAAGACCAUAUUUGUUGGAAAUCUUCCAUACAAUAUCACAGAUGAAGAGCUAUGGAAAUUCUUUGAAACCUGUGGAGAAAUUAUAAAUGUUCGAGUCAUAAGAGACAAAUCUACUCGUAUAGGCAAAGGGUUUGGUUAUGUCUUAUUCAAGUCUAGAGAUUCGUCCAAUCGAGCAAUAAAAAUGGAUGGAAACGAGUUAAAGGGACGACCUCUGAGAAUAUCAAGAGCUAGUAAGAAUGAAAACAAGAAAUUUCAAAGGAAUAAAACUUUUGUUCAGAAGAGCGAAAGAAAUUGGAAAUUUCAGGGUAUGGCCGCAUUGGAAAAACAGAAAAUGAAGAAAAAGAAAAAAAUGAUUAAACUUAGACUUCAGCAAAAACAAAAAAAGCAAAUUGCACAAAAACUUCAAUCUAGAACUAAAAUGUUCUAAGAUUUAUUCAUUUGUAUGAUUGUGAAAGUUAAAUUAAAAAAUAUUAUAUUA